AUGAGCCGGACCCCAGAAGGGCGAAACCGGUCGUGGGCUGUGGAAGAAUUUUCAGCAACCUUUUAUAAAAGUUACGGUGAUUUGGUUGGAGAUGAGAUUACUUCCCAAAUCUGGGAGGCCAGGUCAGCUUUUUCUAACCUCCGAUAUCUAUGGCGCCGACGUGACAUCAGUUUGUCUGUCGAGGGCAGAGUUUUUAAACGGCGGCAGUACGAACCAUACUGA